AUGCUUUCCAACGGGGGCGCUAACUCGAAUCCCAACCAGUCUGAUAUCAAACUGAAAAUAUCAGCUUUUUUUGCCGGUACUCACGACCAGCACCACCGCAGCAACCCCGCGAUCUGCCGUGUGACGGAGAUCAUCCUAAGCGCUAAGCCAUCCCUGCAAACAUCCACCGCACGCAUACUCCACCUUACAGCCGCCUCCCACCUCGCCUCUUCCGGGCCGCCUUAUCUGCUUGGGCUGCGUCCGGUCAACGGGUACAUUCAUCCAGACCCCUCCGCUUACGGCCCCGCACGCGAGUGUCAAGACAGCUCGACCUCUGCGAUCAGCCGGACCAUGAAGAUCAACCACAAGCCGCCGCCUCAUCCCCUACCUCAGACCUUGCAAACUGAGGACAGUACGUCAAAUUGCAGCCACCUCCUCCACCCAUCGCGCGGGCUGCCCACCUCCACUCCCCUUGCUACCACCUCAGGAAUCGUUAAGCCUCAUCGCCUGCCUGCCAAGCUCACAGCCCCACACCCAACGAUCGAGAGGGCUCAAAAGCGGCCGAAUCAAAGAGACCACCCGAACGAUCUACAAACGGAGCUUGGAAACCCAGCACAGUACGUCCAAUUCCACCCACCAUCUCCACCCGUGGCACAGGCUGCCUACCUCCACUGCCCUUGCACUGCUGGGAGCAGGAUCGUGCCGCGAACCCCCGCGAUCUGCCCUGUUGCGAGUGUAAACCGCAAAGCGAGCCCAGUAGCUCAAUCUCAAGCCACCACCCAAUCUCAAGCCAACGCCUCCACCCCGGAGUCAUACCACCAGCUGCUUGGAAGCCCAAGCUUGACCUUUGAAGUCCUGACGAUGAGGAACCCAGCAGGCCGUGGUCGGUCCUCCCCACCGCGCAUGACUUACCCGCUGCCACCGCGCGCAGCCGGCGCUGCCAGGCCAGCGCCUCUGCGGGCACACCCCUACCCCACGCCGUGCGCCCCGCCACCCCUCGGCUUUGGGGCGCAGGGACCCGCCUUUCCCGUUUCACCUUGUGCGUCUUGUGCUCCCACCGCCCUGGCACACCAACUCCCGCGAUCUGCUUUGUCGCAGGAUCAUGCCAAAAGUACCUGCCAGCGCGGGAUUCCCUCCACCGGUCCCCCACAAAACCUCUCGGCAUACGGCCUUGCAAUUAUUGUCCCCAGCUCGGCAUACGGCCUUGCGAUCAUCGUCGCCAGCUCAGCAUACGGCCUUGCAAUCAGCGUCCCCAGCUCGGCAUACGGCCUUGCGAUCAUCUCCCCUCCCCGCCCGCAUCCCGGCCCGACUACCCAGUGCCAGUCAGCUGACAAUCCACCUUUCUGUUACCAGGACGAUGGGGAACCCAGCGGGCCGUGGUCGGUCCUUCCCACCCCGCAUGACUUUCCCGCUGCCACCGCGCGCCGCCGGGGCUGCCAGGCCGGCGGCUCCGCGGGCACACCUGUGCCCCACGCCGGACCGCCUUUCCCGUCUCCCGAUUUUAACCGCGUCCCCGCCGGCACAGCCACCAUCCCCAUCCCAGAGGGGUACGCCACCAUCCCGAUCCCAGAGGGGUACCCUAUCCCCACCGCCCUAUCUGAUGCAGCAUGGGCUCAGCGUCACCCCUGUAAACGCCCCCGUGUUGACACCCGGUCAGGCACAGCGAUCAAGUUCGAUCGGAUCCGACGCAAGAUCGACUCAGAUGCGCCCGUGUACAUCAAAGAGGUCAACCCUCUGCCUUGCCCUGACCCCAAAGCGCCGCCUGGAACCCCCCAACCGCCUCCGCUCCCAAUCGAGAUAGGCAAAAAGAAGGAGCGGAUCUGGAAAGGGAAGAGACUUUUUAGGUUCCCCGUCGCUGGCCCGAAGCAACGCCAGGUGUGCGUGAACCGGAAGGGAGCCCCGCAGUUUGUCCUUGAGCGGCACGACAUCGACAAACCAACUCCCACCUCUGACCAUCUCAAGAAAAUUGUUUCUACGGUGUUCAAGAUGGCCUCGAUGCGCCAAAAAAACGAGACAAACGGGAACAAACUUGCCGGCCAGAUGCGCCUUGUUGGAUUCCGCCCGGGCACAGACAAAGGCAAGAAAGGCGGCACCUACGCCUGCUGCCCGAACAUGACCGCCGAAGACAUCAAGACUAUGUCGGAUGCGGAGGUCCUCAAGAGGACUCAUUGCAAGGCCUCUAAGGCUGAGGCAGCCGCGCGUGCAGCGCAGAAGAAGAACCCCAAGAAGCGCAAAAGAUAG